CGCAGUCUUCACCCAGAAGUCGAGACCUUUACUGACAUUGAGGAAAGAGUUGAGAUUUCUGUCCAAGAUGAAGGCCUUUUGGUGUCUCUUUGCUCUAGGGAUUUUUCUCCAUAUACACGAGGGACAAGCAAUGUGCCCACAAGGCUUUGUACCAUUCUACAUCGGAGAAAUGAUGAUGGAGACGUGCUUAAAGUUUGCAAUGGAUAUGAAGAGAGAGUGGCACACGGCCGAAAGUUACUGCAAAUCAAUAUCGGCUGAUCUGGCUCAAUUAGAUGAUGAAGAUAUACACUGGCAAGUCAUUACUUACAUUCGCCAACAUCCACAUUGGUUACACGAAGGAUUCCAUAUUGGUUGCACAGACGAAGAUAUAGAAGACGUAUGGGUCUGGACAGAUGGAAGAAAAGUAGAUAUGUUUAGUGGUCACUGGUAUCCAGGCCAACCUGACGGAGGACUAAAGGAGAACUAUGGCUGUCUUUACUACGAUGAUUUCUUAUAUAGUUCUUGCGUCAACGGCCACAAACUCUAUACAAUAUGCAGGCAGUAAUAUGCUUUGCUUAACAGCGUAAUGUACAAAUUGGGGCAAAAAAUUUGUAAAUUACGCUAAAAUACCUGUGAAGCAAAUCUUUAACCAUCUAGAGGUCUAAUCUUUCAAAAAGAAUUACUUCCCAACAUAAGAAGAAUAUUGGGGGUAUUUAGUCGUCUUACUUAAAAUGGACAUGACAAAAAAAGAAAAAAAAAUCAGUGUGGAGAGUGGAAUAUAGUACCUCACUUUAAAGAUAAGAUUUUUGUAAUAUCCCUGAAGAUGUAUUCUCUGUAAACUUUAAAAACCUGAACAUCUGGAGCUUACGUAAACAUAUAAAAAGACGAGUUAAAUCUGAAACAUUGUCAAUGGGGGAAAACACUUCAUGUGAAAUAAACAUUAGUUGCUUUCUUUUUUACAGAGAUCCAAAUAUAUAUUUUUUCCAUUCUGCCAUUUGGGGCAUGUAAAUAAGUGAAAGUGGUUAAGCCGCUAGAAUUAUCAAAUUUUUCUUUUAUUUGUAUAUUUAAUAUUGUAUGCAACAAUAGGGAUUCUGUGACGAUUUACAAUGCCACAUAAUGCAUGCAUGUCUGCUGGACAGUGUGCUUUUAAAACACAAUCAUUCUUCAAA